AUGAUUGCCCUCAGCGUACUCGUCGUCGCACUCAGUAUCCUGUCGACUCUUGGCAGCCAGCUCACGUCUCGCAGCCCCAGCUAUGGUUGCGGCACCGGGAUCUCCCCCGCGCACAAGGAUGCCUUUGAGGCUGACUUCGCCGCCCGGCGGACGGGGCUUGCUGUAAAGAAUUUGAAGCAUGCGGCUGCGACCAAAUUCAUCCCGACCUACUUCCACGUUGUGCGCAGCUCGACGGAGCUUUCUGGUGGCAAUGUACCGGACUCGCAGAUUGCUACACAAAUGGCUGUACUUAACGCUGCCUUCGUCAACACAUCCUAUUCUUUUCAGCUCGUCGAGACGACCCGCACGACCAACAAACACUGGUUCGAAACUGCCUCCAACUACGAUGAUGGCAUUGACAGCCAGACCGCGAUGAAAGCUGCCCUGCGCCGAGGUGACGCAAAGACGCUCAACCUGUACUCCGUUGGGUUCAUCCAGGGAAGUGCAGCUUUUUUCGACCUGCUCGGCUACGGCACAUUCCCUUUCCACUACAACGACGCUCCCGAAGACGAUGGUAUUGUGUUCAAGUACAGCAAUCUGCCCGGAGGUACCAAUGAGCCCUACAACCUUGGUGCGAACCUGAUUCACGAGGUUGGACACUGGAUGGGACUAUACCACGUCUUUAGCGAGGGAGGUCGAGGCACAUGUGACGGCUCAUCUGACCUGGUGGACGAUACGCCGGCGCAGGGUUACCCGACCUACGGCUGCCCCGAGCGCAGCAAGACAUGCCCCGGCUUUCCCGGCGACGACUCAAUCCACAACUUCAUGGACUACAGCACCGAUGAUUGCAAAAACAAUUUCACACCCGGUCAGGUUGAGCGCAUGGCGGCGCAGAUGGGAGUUUACCGGGGGAUAUAA